CUUCAAUUGGUUACCCUAACUGCUUUAUGGAGGGAACUUACACAGGCUUCAAGUAUACGUCAUAUUCCAUAUAUCCAUGUUACAAGAUGUAACAUCAUAUCAAUAAUGUACUAAUUUCUUCAUAUCUUGAACUGGCUGUACCGCGCAUGCGCCAGGAACUAUGUCAGGGACGGAACAUGGCACAUCAGCCAAGGUCACUCGUGUUUAGUUGUCACAGACGUGUGGAAGGUAUCUCCAGUUUGGUACUAUGAAUUUUACUCCACCGUUCGCGAGGUCUCCAGCAUGCAGUAUAGAACCGUUAGAUGACUACGAGGCACCCAGAGCACCGCUGCUCCGCCAAGUAUCCCUUGACGAGGAACGCCAGGAUGACUGCCAGGGUCACUGGAGAGGUCCCUACCUCGAAGGGGAGGAGGAGGAAAAAGGAGUGAGGCUGUUCAGAGCAAUGCUAUUGCAGCAUUUGAGGCUAGAGGACAUACGGCCUCCGCCGUGUUUGCUGGUCCCUGCUAAUCCUGAUCAGAGGCCAUGGUACUCAUGCGAUGAUCUUCAUUGUUUUAUCAGAGGCUGGUGGAUGUACUGGCGAGAUUGGCGCGCGUUAGAAAAGGCGGCCAAACGGUUUAGGGAAACAAAAGCGUGGGCCAGACUGGCAGCCAGAGCUGAACACAUACCCUUGCUGAGUCUGGAUGAGGUGGCCUUUGAAGAUAUUAUGCAGGAAUUGUGCCAUGCGUGUGUGCACCUCGAGCAGAGAGCGCUAGUGAUCCUCGCGUUCCUUUGUGAAGUUUGUGCACGAGCGGUGCGCGUGGGCGGCUGGUGUCGCGCAGCGGACUGGGCGGCGCGACACGUGGCACAGUGCGCGACGCCGUGGGCGAUACGGCACGGCGGCUGGAGUAACGUAGUCGAAAAAGCCAGUGGCACUCGAAGAGAUGACACCCUCCUCGCCGGUGCUGCGAUAGCUGCCCUGCUUGCAUUCCUACUCUUUUGUAGAACGAGACUCCGCGUCACUUUGUAUUAAUAACUCAUAACAGACUGUAUUCGAGUUGGUUUUUUAUCUGUGGUAUUGGUAGUAAAUGGUUUAGAAUGUUUUGGAUGUGUCGCUGCUAAGUUAUCUUAAUAUAUCUGUACCUUCACCAACCGUUUAAUUGAAGUCUAGCCUCUUUGAAAUGGUCUUGUUUAGCUUUUGAGUAAUGACCUGAAUCAUAUUCUUGAGAAUGAAAUGUAAACGAGGCUAGAAUCAAACAUCUUAUUAA